CACCCUUAAUUAAUUUCGAAAGAGCAAGAAAACAUGGAGCAGAUUGAGCAUUUCAGCCAUAUCCACCCUCUAACGUUCAAAGAGGAGCUGAAAAAGGACAAGAAACAAGUCGUUUGCUCAGGCUGUGAAAAACCAAUUUCAGGUCCUAACUUCUCCUGCGACCAAUGCGAUUUCGUCCUUCACAAAACAUGCGCAGAACUAGAGCGCCUCUUGAAGCACCCAUUUCACCCUCAGCACCCCCUCAUUCUCCUUUCCACCACCCCUUAUAAGCAACACUACGCAUGUGAUUCAUGUAGAGGACUCUUCAAGAACUUCGUAUACCAUUGUUUUCUUUGCGACUAUGACCUUGACGUGACAUGUGCUUCUCGCUGGCACCCCGAUGAUGGCCAUAGGCAUGCCUUCACGCUCUUGACAAAUCCAAACUCGUUUGUUUGCUAUGCAUGUGGCAUGCAUGCAAACAGUGGCCCCGCUUGCUUAUGCUCCAUUUGUCAGAUUUGGGUUCAUUCUUACUGUGCUGAAUUGCCUCUUGCUAUUAGAAUAAAUGGCCAUGACCACCGUUUGAAGCUCUCCUAUGGCCGUCAUCACUUUUAUAGCUUGAGUAACUGGGGUGGCAUAACUUGUGAUGCUUGUAAUGGGGCAAUGAAUCCGUUUGUUGCCGGUUACUUUUGUUCAAAAUGCAAAUUUUCUGUGCAUUUGAAGUGUCCAGAACAGUACUUAAGAGAAGAGUGGGAGACUGAUACAGAGGAUGAGGAAUCAUUGAGAGGCUAUGAAACUGAGGAAACCCAAGAUAUUGAUUGGACUUUUAGUUUCUUUGGCCAUGAACAUUCGUUGAAGCUCGUGGAGGAACAUGGUAAUCAGUUAUAUUCUGAUAAACUAUGUGAUGGGUGUACCCAACCCAUCACGCCACGUUUCUUUUCGUGCCAAGAAGAAAAUUGUGGCUUCUAUGUGCACCAAAGUUGUGUUGGAUUACUUAGAACGAGGCAACACCCGUUUCAUGAGCACCCUCUAACUCUUCUCGCCAAGGCACCUCCUUAUGAUGGCAUUUAUAGGUGCGAUGGAUGCAGAACACUGAGCAAUGGUUUUGUGUAUCGUUGCGAAGAGUGUCAAUUCGACCUUGAUGUUUGUUGUGGUUCCCUACAAGAGAAAGUUGAACAUGAAAGUCACGUUCAUGCGUUGUUCCUUAAGAAGACAAGAGUUGCAAGGCAAUGCAAAGGUUGUCAUGUUUGGUCGAAACAUGUGUACGUGUGUGAUGUUUGUGAGGAUUUUGCUAUUGAUAGUGGAUGUGCUGGUCUUCCGUGUAAGGCGUGGCACGUGAAUGACAAGCAUCCACUAAGUCUAAACUAUUUUGUGGAAGGGGAUUUGAGGGAGUAUGAAUGUUGCAUUUGCAAUGAGAAAAUGUCUUCCAAAAGUUGGUUUUAUUACUGUGAUGACUGUGACAAUGCUGCUCAUCCUUAUUGUGUUGUUGGCAAGUGUAGGCGUGUCAAGUUCGGAGGGAGAUUCAAAUACGAUUUUCACUCACACCCUCUUGCUUUGGUUGAGAAAACUGAGCAGAACAGUGAGUGUGAAGCCUGUGGUGAACGCUGCAAUGGAUGGACACUUGAAUGUGGCCAAUGCAAAUGUUACUUUCAUCGGGAAGGACAGUGUUUUUGGAAAGAAUUUAAAAAGAGUAAAAAGUAUUUGGGGUUAUCAGGAAUGAUGAGACACAGGUAUGCAGCAAACGUGUUGGCUUCCACGCCUAAUGUAACCGCUAAGUGAGGGCUUAAUAAAGAAAAACCACUGGUUUAGUCUCUCUUAAUUAAGAAAACCACACUGUGACUUUCACCUUUAUACUUGGGAAAAUGCUAAUAGAACCAAAAGUAGAAAGCUCUAGUUGAUGUAACCAAUAAAUAAAAAUGAUUUGUGCUGUUAAUUGCCAAAUAAAUGCAUCAUCAUCCACUAUUAGAUAAUGAGUAGAUAUCUCAUUAAAAUGCUUAACAAUUAAU